AUGUGGUCAUUGUUCGCAGUUGAUAUGAAGUACGCUUUAGAGGAACACGACAACAUCGUCUUUGUAAUCUUCAGCCUAUAUGAAUUUACAUUUCAAGGUAAUGUUGAUAUUAUCGCUUUAGAUAUCUCUAAGCCAUUUACUACAGAUGUAGUGAAAUGGCUACACACGAACUAUGUAAAGGAUGUUCCACCGUACUGCGGCGCCGUACCAGAAUACCCAGCAUGGUUUGAACCCUUCGUUAUGCAGUGGCUCAACGAAAAUGAUGACGUGUCUCUUGAGUACCUAAAUGGAGCCUUCAAUAGAGAUAAAGGGAUGGGUUCCAAAAAUCCAGCGAAACACGCACUCUUCAGCAACUCGGUUGUAGACGUGUUUACACAACUAACGCAAUGCUUCGACGUGGUCUCCAAGCUCGAAUGUCCAGAUCCUGAAAUCUGGAAGCGAUAUAUGAAACGCUUCGCCAAGACCAUCGUCAAAGUUUUAGUAGCUUACGCUGACAUCGUAAAAAAGGAAUUCCCCGAGCAUUUGAAGGAGGAACGAGUGGCAUGCAUAUUGAUGAACAACAUCCAGCAACUGCGAGUUCAAUUAGAGAAGAUGUUCGAAGCGAUGGGUGGGACUAAGUUGGAGCGAGAUGCCGCCGAUAUUUUACAUGAUUUGCAACAAAGGUUGAACAGUACAUUAGAUGAACUCGCAUCCAUGUUUGCUAACAGUUUGGAGACCCGUAUAACUGCGAGUGUAAAAAAACUUGGGGAACUACUGCAGAAAGUCGGGGGAGGUGGAGCACCUGGAGCGCCACAACCACCAGCUCAUCAUGAGGCUGAUGAAGUGUGA